AUGAGCAAAACACAUGCUGAUAAAAUAAGAAAUGCACAUAUAAACCAACCAAGCAGAGAAUCGCAUUCUGCAGAAAAGCUUCCCAAUCAGCAGAAAAGAUCAGCUUCUCUUCCACAAGCUCAGCUAACUUCAGUGAGACAACCACAGAGACAUACCCAAGAUGAUGUCAUCCUCCCAAAUAGCCCCCAAAUUAAACCACAUCAAGUCAGUUCUUCAGAAUACCUCAACCAUCCCUCACCGAAAGUAUCCUGCAUUAACAGUGAGCAAAAUAGAACUGAAACAAACACAGAACAGAGUGAAGAAAAAAAUCAAGAUGUGUACACUACUCAAUACUGCAAUCCUCAACCAAAGCAGAGUGGGCAGCCAGGACAAGAAACAGAGAUGAGACCCCUGGGGCAGACAGUCAACUACCCAAGUGAUACUACAAUUGUGGCUAGGGGCUUCUACACACCAAGCCUUAUACAAAAUACAGACAACAAAGACUCUGUAACAGAGGAUAGUAAUUCUUCUGAUAUAAUAUGUAUCAUUCGAUGUAAUGACCAGAGAAAUGUUACCUAUGCCCAUGCAAUGAAUCCACCAAAUGUGGUUGGUACACCAAAUAUUGGUCCAAGUGGCAGGUACAUGAGUGACCAGAGACAUUUAAUGUGUCCUUCAAAGCAGGGAAUAUCUUGGCCAACUGCUGUAAGCAAAACCCAAGCUGAUAAAAUAAGAAGUGCACAUAUAAACCAACCAAACAGAGAAUCCCAUUCUGUGGAAAAACUUUCCAGUCAGCAGCAAAGAUCAGCUUCUCUUCCACAAUCAUCAACAACUUUGCAGAUACUUUCUCAGAGAUCCUUAAAUGAGAAACCUGGUCUGCCAGUUAAUACAACAAAUAAAUCUCAAGCAGUAACCUCACUUGAAUAUCAUAACCAAUCGUCUCCAAAAAUGCUCCAUCACUCUGCAAAUGAACAUAAAAAUGAAGAUAGCUCAAGCCAAGGAGAAGUGAUGACAGAGGUUUACAACUCCCAGUACUGCAACCCUCAACCAAAACAGAGUGGGCAGCCAACACAAGAAACAGAGAUGAGGCCAUUGGGACAGACUGUCAACUACCCAAGUGAUACAACAAUUGUGGCCAGGGGCUUCUAUACACCAAGUCUCACACAAAAUACUGACAACAAAGACUCUGUGACAGAAGAUAGCACCUCUUCUGAUAUAAGUCAGCAAUCUACAGGAAAUAUUUAUCGCAAUCCAAGGCCCUUACCCCCAGUACCCCAGUAA